AUGUUCAUAAAGGAAUACAAGGAGAUGCUGGCAGACCGGCUUCUGGCCAAUCCCACCUACCACGCUGAAAGGGAGAUGCAAAAUCUGGAGCUACUGAAGACCAGGUUCGGCGACGCGGCGCUUGUCCACUGCGAGGUGAUGCUGCAAGACAUCAAGGACUCGAAGCGCAUCAACGGCAAUGUCCAACAGCUCAAGGGCACUGGUGGACCCCUGGGUCCAAUCCAUCCUCUCGUGCUUUCGCAGCAUUACUGGCCACCCGCACUCAGCAAGGCAGAUCACCCACGCUUCCGGCUACCGGCUCAGCUGGAGGAUGCCUUGUCGGAGUACGGCCAUGCCUACACCAAGACGAAGGCAAAACGUUCACUCCAGUGGCAGCGAGCUCAUGGAGUGGUCGAAAUCACGGUGCAGCUGGCGGAUCGCACGUUGGAUGUGACGGUCACACCGAUUCACUACGCAGUCCUUGCUUGCUUCUCCGAGGCUUCCUCUGGAGAAAGUACGCCAACAACAGCACCAACAAGGCUCAGCCUUGAAGAGUUAACUGCUCAGCUCGAGCUUCCUGAGGCUCUCGUGCGAAAACGCGUGGCCUUCUGGGUGGCGAAGGGCGUGCUCAAAGAGGUCAGCGCAAACCUCUUCGAGUUGCAG